UCGGAAUAUUUGGCACGAGGGAUUCUCUCCGCCACGUCCACUUCCCUUUUGUCGCAUCACGACAGCAUGGCCUACAUUGCACCCAUCCACCGUCCAAGCAGCAUACGUGAGGCCAUCUCGAUACGUCUUUGGCCGGAUGAAGACGUUCUAGUUACUGCUAAAGUGAAUAGGAUAGAGAUCUCCCGCGUUAGUACCGAUGGCAUUACCCUGGUGAGCUCCGCCAACGUCUGCGGCACCAUUGCCUUCCUACAACGACUCCGGCCGAAAACCUCCGACACCGAUCUGCUAUUCGUCGGCACCGACCGAUUUCAUUACUUCACGGCAAGAUGGGAUCCCGACGCUAGGAGGCUGCAGGCAGAACAGGUGAUAGAAGACUUGGCUGAGCCGCACAUGCGGGAACCCGAAAGCCAGAGCAAAUGUCUCGUCGACCCCACCGGCCGAUUCAUGGCCAUGCACCUAUGGGAAGGCGUUAUGAACGUCAUGCGAUUAGGGAACAGGAAGAACACCAACUUGAGGAUCGAGAGGGACUGGGCCCAAGUGCGCCUUUCGGAGCUCUUCGUCAAGUCGAGCAUCUUCGUGCCUACCGAGACCAAGCAUCCCACCAUCGCCUUCCUCUACCAGACCGCCAUCGACAAAGAAGAUGCCAGUCUCUCCGUCUACCGGCUCAUGACCGACGAUAGGAACACGGACGUGUCCCGCUUUGACCCUAGGAGAGACCGAGAGCUCGACCUCGAGAUACCCGACCCGUUCGCCCGAAUUCUCAUACCCGUCACCGUUGUGGAACCUACCGUCAAGAGAUACCACCACCGCGACACCACUGGCGCAAAGGCCCAGCUGGGAGGGUUUAUCGUCGUCGGUGAGACCCUGCUCGUCUACAUUGAUAUCCUGACGAAGAGCCGCGUCACCCACACGCUUGCGGAGCCGAAGAUAUUCGUCGCUUGGGCGGAACUUGAUGUCACCCACUACUUCCUCGCCGACGACUAUGGCGGCCUGCACUUGCUCACCCUCGAGGUCGAUGACGUCGUGGUGACAAGCAUGUCAGUCAAGUACAUAGGGAAGACCUCCCGGGCUUCGUGUCUUGUUUAUAUGGGGAACGACAUGCUCUUCCUGGGCUCUCAUCAUGGAGAUUCGCAACUCUUCUUGUUCGACCUCACAUCCGAAGUCAUUCGCCUUGUACAGACUGUACCCAACAUUGCCCCGAUACUCGACUUUGCUAUCAUGGACCUCGGGAACGCCGGGGAUAAUCAGGUCGGAAAUGCCUUUUCGUCCGGCCAGGCUCGGAUUGUGGCAGGCUGUGGAGUGCACCACAACGGAAGCUUGCGGAGCGUCCGGAGUAGCGUCGCCCUAGAAGACAUUGGCAUCCUGGGGGACUUGCCAAGAGUGCGCGGGCUCUUUUCACUAAAGUCGUACGGCUCGGCUCAGGUAGAUACCCUGGUCGUAUCUUUCGUCACCGAGACGAGGGUUUUCCGCUUCGACCAAGACGGCGGCGUCGAAGAGGUCUUUGAUUUCCAGGGCCUCAUCCUCGAUCAACCGACUUUGGUAGCAGCGUCUCUACCUAGCGGUCAGAUGUUGCAGAUCACGCCAGACACAGUCUCUCUCUUUGAUUCCGAGAGUGGCAUCAGCGUAAGUACCUGGACGGUACCCGAAGGAAGUUCCGUCGUCAGGGCUUCGGCGAACGACAGGUGGGUUUUGUUGUCCGUCGACGGCACGCGUCUCGUGUCAUUGGACAUAUCAGACGACUUGACCGCCCGGGAACAGGUCCUCGGGGGGGACGUCAGGGGUGGUGAGAGCGGCCAGAUUUCCUGCGUCCAUGUGGCCCAUGAUCUGCCCGAUGUUGGGGUUGUGGGAUUCUGGUCCGAGGGAUCAGUGACCAUCGUCAAUCUCCGGACCCUGGAGGCGCUUCAGGGACACACGAUCAAGCAAAACGACGAUACCGUCUCGGUUCCUCGAAACGUUGCCUUGGUCCAGCUUCAUCCGCCGGACGUUUCAGGCCCCACCCUCUUCGUCGCCAUGGAGGACGGACAGGUCGUCUCGCUCAAUGUGUCAAAGGACGAUUACUCCUUGUCCGGCCGCAAAAGCGUCACGUUGGGGAACCGGGAGGCGGGGCUACACGUGUUGCCUCGGCCAGGUGCGCCGGGCCAGCGGAAUGUCUUCGCGACAACAGAGCAUUCGAGCUUGAUUUACAGCGCCGAGGGCCGCAUCAUCUACUCGGCCGCAACGGCAGAGAACGUCAGGUACAUUGCGCCGUUUGAUUCGGAGGGCUUCCCAGAUUCCGUCCUCGUCGCCACGGACGAACACAUCAGGAUCGCCCAGGUCGACACGGAGCGGAGGACCCAGGUCAACCCACUGCACAUUGGGGCAACAGUGCGCCGUGUCGCGUAUUCGCCGGGACUCAAAGUGUUCGGCAUUGGCACCAUCAAGAAAGAGCUGGUCGGGGAUGAAGAGAUGGUCUCGAGCGUGUUUCAACUCGUGGACGAGAUUGUGCUGGGCCACGUCGGCAAGCCUUUUGCGCUCAAUACCUCGCCGUCGGUGGAAAUGGUAGAGGCCGUCAUCCGCGCGGAAUUGCCCGACAGCACAGGGCAUAAAGCUGAGCGGUUCAUCGUGGGAACGAGCUACCUCGCCGACCCCGACGUCCGGGAUGCGGGGCAUGUUUUAGGUCGCAUUUUGGUUCUCGGCAUUGACUCGGACAAGAACCCGUACCAGAUCGUCAGCCACGAGCUGAAAGGCGCCUGUCGCUGCCUUGCGACCAUGGACGACCUGAUCGUGGCCGGGUUGAGCAAGACUGUCGUCGUAUACGAUUACAUAGAGGAAACUACGACGAAAGGGAAGCUGCAAAAACUCGCCACUUUUCGGCCUUCGACGUUCCCCGUUGAUCUGGAUGUGUCGGGCACCAUGAUCGGUGUGGCGGAUCUGAUGCAGUCCGUGUCAGUGAUCGAAUAUGUGCGGCCGCAAAACGGCGAAAAAGCCAAGCUGGUGGAGAGAUCGAGGCACUUUGAGUACGCAUGGGCUACGGCCGUUUGCCAUCUCGGAGGGAACUCUUGGCUAGAGGCAGACGCACAAGGCAACCUGUUGAUAUUAGAGCGGAACCCGGAUGCACUGACGGAGCACGAUCGAAAGCAGAUGCGGGUGACGAGCGAAAUGCGCCUCGGGGAACAAGUGAACAAGAUUCGGCCGUUACACAUCACGCCUGGCGAGAACGACAUCAUCGUGCCCAAGGCCUUCCUCGCAACGGUGGAAGGCUCCCUCUAUGUGGUGGCGGAUAUCAACCCGGCCUACCGAAGCCUGCUGCUCCCUUUCCAGGAACAGCUGGCCAAGGCGGUGCGGUUCCUGGGCCAGGGCCAGGGCGGCGCUUCGCACGAUCCGGCUGCGGCCUUCAACUCGUGGCGAGGAUUCCGGAAUGCGAAGCGGGCGGCGGAUGCGCCGUUCCGAUUUGUGGAUGGCGAGCUGAUCGAGCGAUUCCUGGACCUUAAUGAGGUUCGACAGGAGGAGGUCGUGGAAGGACUCGGUCCGUCGGUCGAGGCGAUGCGAAAUAUGGUGGAAGAGCUGCGGCGGAUGCACUAACACGGCCGAAGGGGGAGGAGUGAGAUGCCAAACUAUAACGACUUGUAUGAUUGUAUGGCGUCGGCAGAUGAGAAGGGCCAUCACAUUACAUUUCUGGCGGACCUACAGCUGGGUUCUUGCUUAGGCUAUUUACCUCGUAGCUAGGCAUCCGUUACAUCUGGUCCUCCAUGAGAGGAUGAGGUCUUAUGGAAACCAUUGCAAGAGCCUUGAAUAAGCAUGGAAUAUAGAGAUAGGGUGUUGUAAUUGCUU